AUGGUAGCAGAAGACAUAUCGCACGAAAUACUGGAUAAUCCAGAAUUGUACGGACUUCGUAGAUCAGGAAGAGCUGCAACUACGACCCGAACGCAUUAUUUUUCAGAUGACGAUGAAGAUGAGGUUGUAACCACUAGACGUGGAAGAAAAGCCAAACCCGAUAAAGAUGUUCAAGAAGAUGAAAUAUCAGAGCUUAGCAGUGAAGCAGAGGAUGAAAGCAUGACAGAUGGUGAUGAAGAUGUGGUUUAUGGACGCCCAAAGGUCACAAAAAAUAGAAACGUCCAGAAAGGUGCAAGAAACAAAACCAAAAAUUCGAAUACAACCGAUUUUGAAAUUCCUACAAGGUUCUCUUCCAGACAAAACAAGUCUGUUGACUACAACAUUGAUUAUUCUGAUGAGGAUUUGUUGGAGUCUGAAGAUCAAGAGGGUGAAGUUGGGAGUGACGAAGAUGAUCUAGAUACUCCCAGACAAAAUUCUGUGACGCCCCAGACAGGGCGUGGGGUUGAUCUUGUUGUCACACACAGGCCGAAAGCAGACGCUGAAGAAGAUAAUAAGGGCCCUCUCGACUUGUCCUCCUGUAAAGAAAACUACGAAUUCUUAAUCAAGUGGAUGGAUGAAUCGCAUUUGCACAAUACUUGGGAGUCAUAUAGUGAUUUGGCUCAAUUUCGUGGUGCAAAGAAGGUGGACAACUACAUCAAACAAUUCAUUAUUUUGGACAGGCAAAUUCGAGAUGACGCAUAUACCACAGCAGAGGAUUUGGAAGUCAUGGAUAUAGAGCAUGAACGCCGUUUGGAUGAAUUUGAAGAGUUCAAAAUACCUGAAAGGGUUGUGGAUAGUGAUCGCGUCACUUUGGAGGACGGCACAUCGCAAUUGCAGUAUUUGGUAAAAUGGCGGCGUCUCAACUACGAUGAAGCUACCUGGGAAAAUGCUGGUGCCGUUGUCAAGUUGGCUCCGGAGCAGGUUAAACAUUUUCAGAACAGGAUAAAUUCCAAAAUUCUUCCUCAACAUUCAAGCACUUAUGGCUCUCAGAGACCUCGCUUUGAAAAAUUGAGCGAACAGCCCUCUUUCGUAAAAGGUGGUGAGCUCAGGGAUUUCCAGCUGACUGGUAUCAAUUGGAUGGCUUUCCUGUGGUCGAAGAACGAUAACGGUAUUCUAGCUGACGAAAUGGGUCUAGGUAAAACAGUUCAGACAGUAGCAUUUAUCAGUUGGCUGAUUUAUGCACGUAGGCAGAAUGGGCCACAUUUGGUCGUCGUGCCAUUAUCAACAAUGCCAGCCUGGCAAGAAACUUUUGACAAGUGGGCUCCUGAACUCAACUGCAUUUAUUUCAUGGGUAAUCAAAAAUCUAGAAAUGCAAUCAGGGAAAGCGAAUUCUAUACUAACCCUCAAGCAAAAGGUAAAAAGCAUGCUAAGUUCAAUGUUCUUUUAACAACCUACGAGUAUAUUUUAAAAGAUCGCAUAGAUCUUACAGCUAUAAAAUGGCAAUUUUUGGCAGUUGACGAAGCUCAUCGCUUAAAAAAUGCCGAGUCAUCCCUAUAUGAGUCCCUAAACAGUUUCAAGGUAGCAAACCGGCUUCUGAUCACCGGUACUCCUCUUCAAAAUAACAUCAAGGAGCUUGCAGCACUUGUGAACUUUUUGAUGCCCGGAAGAUUUACUAUUGAUCAAGAGAUCGAUUUUGAAGUACAAGAUGAAGACCAGGAAAAAUACAUUCGAGACUUGCAUAGCAGAUUGCAGCCUUUUAUUUUGCGUCGUUUAAAAAAAGAUGUCGAGAAGUCUCUUCCUUCUAAAACUGAACGCAUUCUUAGAGUGGAGUUGUCUGAUGUUCAAACGGAAUACUACAAAAACAUUCUGACCAAAAACUACAGCGCUCUUUCGGCGGGCACGAAAGGCGUUCAUUUCUCACUACUCAAUAUUAUGAAUGAGCUAAAGAAGGCAUCCAACCACCCUUACCUUUUCGACACUGCUGAAGACCGUGUCUUGGCAAAAUUCGGAGAUGGUAGAGUGUCGCGUGAAAACAUAUUGCGAGGGCUUAUAAUGUCCUCGGGAAAAAUGGUGCUGCUUGAUCAACUUUUGACAAGGCUAAAGAAAGACGGACACCGAGUUCUGAUCUUUUCUCAAAUGGUGAGGAUGCUUGAUAUAUUAGGUGACUACCUCAAUAUCAAGGGUGUAAAUUAUCAACGGCUUGAUGGUACUGUUCCAUCCGCCCAAAGACGUAUAUCGAUUGAUCAUUUCAACUCUCCUGAUUCCAGUGAUUUUGUUUUCCUGCUUUCCACAAGAGCCGGUGGGUUAGGAAUCAACUUGAUGACUGCUGAUACGGUAAUCAUCUUCGAUUCAGACUGGAACCCUCAGGCGGAUUUGCAGGCUAUGGCUCGUGCUCACCGUAUUGGGCAGAAAAAUCAUGUCAUGGUAUACAGGUUUGUUUCGAAAGACACGGUUGAAGAGGAAGUCUUGGAAAGGGCCCGUAAAAAGAUGAUUUUAGAAUACGCCAUCAUAUCUUUAGGAGUUACUGAUGGUAGCAGUUUUUCACAAAGUAAGAAAACCGACCCCUCUGCAGGAGAGCUAUCCGAAAUUUUGAAGUUCGGUGCCGGAAAUAUGUUCAAGGCUAACGACAAUCAGAAAAAGUUGGAGGAUCUAAAUCUAGACGAUGUGUUGAAUCAUGCUGAAGACCAUGUAACGACACCUGAUUUGGGAGAGUCGCAUUUAGGUGGCGAAGAGUUUUUGAGACAAUUCGAGGUCACAGACUACAAAGCAGACGUUGAUUGGGAUGAUAUUAUACCGGAAGAAGAGCUGAAGAAGCUAAAAGACGAAGAGCAAAAGCGGAAAGACGAGGAAUACGUCCAAGAACAGCUGCAACUCAUGAAUAGAAGAAACAAUGCCUUGAACAAAAUCAAAGCAUCAGUUAACGGCAAUAGUAGUAAUCACAACGACAGUGAUGAAAGCAUCUCUAGGUCCGAAAAGCGAAAAAUGAAGGGCGAAAGUUUGGACUCUUUCGGCGAAAAAGAAAUUCGAGCUUUGUACAAAUGCGUAUUACGACAUGGUAAUCUAGAGGAUAAGUUUGAAGGGCUCAUAGGAGAUGGCUCGCUUCCAAUGAAAACAAUAGACGUAUACUCGAAACUGUAUCGUGAAAUGAUUGAAAGAGCUAGUAAAGUGUUCAAAGAAGAAGACGAAGCUCGUACACAGAUGUUCUCUGCCCUCGAGGCAAGCGCAAAAGCAUAUAAGGAGAAGCUGAAAAUUAGCGGCCAGCAGCUUGAUGAAAAGGAUAAAAGUACUCCUGUUGCCAAGCUUGCAGCCAAGAGAAAGGAAAAGAAGGCUAUUCUAUUUGAAAUGUAUGACGUUAAAUCAUUGAAUGCCGAGACUGUACUCUCAAGACCCGAAGAGAUGCAUUUCUUGGGUUCCUUUCUAUCGAAGAACUAUCAUGAUGAUCCGCUCUUAUUCAAAUUCGUCAACAAAACGCCUAAACCAGUGACUAGUUGGAACUGUUCUUGGAACAAAGAAGAUGACGAAAAACUCAUGGUGGGGGUUCAUAAGUAUGGGUACGGUUCCUGGGCCCAAAUAAGAGAUGAUCCUUUUUUGGGCCUUACCGAAAAGAUUUUCCUGAACGAACCACAGGGUUCAGGCUCAAAAACUGAUGGGGCGGAUGCUACAAAUGGUCAAAGUCAAAAGAAAGUAAAGAAUGUCUCUACGGCAGGGUCUAAAAAAGUUCCUGGUUCAGUUCACUUGGGCAGAAGGGUUGAUUAUUUGUUCGCAGUACUACAUGAUGAAAUUAAACCACACGCAUCUUCAGUUGCAAACAGUGGAAACUCAACACCUUCGCUGUCAAUGCCGGCGAACGCUAAAAAGCGUGUCAGAAAAGCAACCGGUAGUAAAUCGGGCACUCCAGAGGUGAAGAAGGAGGAAGCUCGCUCUGGGAACGCGAAGCGGACCAAGAAAAAUGAGGACCCACAAAGAAGUCCACCAGCUCUAAGCGCUGCAACUAAGAAGCAUCCAUCUGGAAAGGCCGCGGGCGCGGAUCGUAGCAUAUCUGCUCCUUCCGAUAAGGAGUAUGAAAGCAUGGAAGAGGCUGAAUGUAAGUACACCAUGCAAGCUAUGAAAGGCUCUUUCAGGAACCUUAGUCGCGGUGGAAAGGGUCUAGAUCGGAAAGAUUGGGCACGCGUCCUGAAAACCGAACUUAAGGCUAUUGGGGACCAUAUCGAGACUCAAAAGGGCUCCUCCAAGAAACAUGCAGCCGACAAAUUUCGCAAGCAUCUGUGGGCCUUCAGUGCUCACUACUGGCCUGCUAAAGUCAAGAGUUCGAAACUUUUGGCCAUGUACGAUAAAAUUGUUGCUAGCGACGGAUCAUGA